CUCAGGGCGCGGCUUCUGUGAGGAAAACAAACGUUAUUCCACCGUUGGCCUGGUACCAGCAUGAGCGGCCUGGGUGGGGUCGAGAGGACCCCUCUCUCCCAAACCUGCAGCCUCACUGUUGCCGACCAUGCCCCAGGAGAUCCGGACCCUCACCGGUGCCUGAGCCUCCGCGACGAAACCGAGGCAACACAGGUGAUGGCGGAGACGGGCGAGGGGAGCUUAGAGACCGUCGCGCUCCCAUCGCCCCAGCUGUUAGGGGUGGGGGGCGUACCCCGGGAUCCCGCAGACAGUGGCCGUACUCCUCAGAUCCGAGUCGGUGGCGGUUGCGGUCGUGUAGCUGUCGGAGAUGGGCAGGAAGAGGCUCCGCGUCCCACGGAGGGCCUGGAAGCCGCCUGCGUGUUGGUGGCCGCUGAAAACAGCGUGAUAAAUGGCUUUCAAGAUGGAGGAAAGGCCCUAAAAACCUGUGGCGCAGAGAGGCUGUGGUCUGAGGUGAUGGUGGGCGCGAAGGAGGAGGAUGUGAAGUCUGAAAAGUGCGCCACCCUCUCAGUAGCAAUGGAUGACGAGGCGAGGGCUGAGGUCUUGGAGAUAGAAGGAGUGCAGGAGAGCGAGGUGGUGGAGGAUCCAAUGGAGGUGGAGGACAAACCAGUGGGUGAAGAAAUAGAAGCGGUGGAGGAAAAUAGAGUGGCAGAAGCGGUGAGGGAGGAGGCGGGGCGCUGGCCUCUGAAUGUGGCUCUCCGCAUGGACCCUCUGGAGGCCAUCCAGCUGGAACUGGACACAGUGAAUGCUCAGGCCGACAGGGCCUUCCAGCAGCUGGAGCACAAGUUUGGGCGGAUGCGUCGACACUACCUGGAGCGGAGGAACUACAUCAUUCAGAAUAUCCCCGGCUUCUGGAUGACUGCCUUUCGGAACCACCCCCAGCUGUCCCCGAUGAUUAGGGGCCAAGAUGCAGAGAUGUUAAGGUACAUAACCAAUUUGGAGGUGAAGGAACUCAGACACCCGAGGACUGGCUGCAAGUUCAAGUUCUUCUUUCGAAGAAACCCCUACUUCAGAAACAAGCUGAUCGUCAAGGAAUAUGAGGUCAGAUCCUCCGGCCGAGUGGUGUCUCUUUCCACUCCAAUCAUAUGGCGCAGGGGACAUGAACCCCAGUCCUUCAUUCGCAGAAACCAAGACCUCGUCUGCAGCUUCUUCACCUGGUUUUCAGACCACAGCCUUCCAGAGUCUGACAGAAUUGCUGAGAUUAUCAAAGAGGACCUGUGGCCGAAUCCACUGCAGUACUACCUGUUGCGUGAAGGAGUCCGUAGACCCAGACGUCGCCCAAUAAGGGAGCCAGUGGAGAUCCCCAGGCCCUUUGGGUUCCAGUCUGGCUAACAUCUGCCCUUGAGUAUACUGCACAAGGUCCCGUGUCACCACCUGCUGGACCUGUGCUUGGGCAACAGCAAUGGGUAUGCCUUCUACUUUUUUUUUUGGUUGACCUUUCUGUAACCUCUCCCCUGGAUAUUCAGUUCUCUCAGCCUCAAGAAUUACAGUCAUGGACAUUCUUCUCCACUUCACAAGGUCUUCAUGCUGUUCCACAUUACUGUCACAUGCUGUGUGGCCAUGGUCCACAACACUUCUAAGCCAAGCAAAUAAUGCUGUAUAUUGUACUGCCUUUGUCUGCACUGCUUCGACUCUGUUCCCAGGGCUUCUGAUCUGGUUACUAUCACCUGGAUGCCUGGCUUUAUCUAAGAGCCCAUUCUAUCCAUUCUGCUGGCUUCUGGCAGUACGGGCACAUGGCCUGUGGACAUUAGUAGGCAUUAGUGAUGUCAAGGGAGAGCAGCAGUGGGCCACUUGUUCUACGUGAUUUAUGUUACUCCAUUGCUGUUCCUGUACCUCUGGUCACCUUUUGCUAUCUGCUACUGGCUGUACCCACCCUCCUUGGCUACUGCCGAGGUCCCUCUCUCCCUCUUUUCCUCUUUUUCUCCUAUCUCAUUAAAAAAAAAAAAAAUGAUAGCUUAGAAACAUCUGAAAAGCAAGCUUUUUGGUUUAUUUCAACUCUGUCGUUUCCAGAGACAGGUUAUCCUGUAAAGUAGACUGUUAAAAGCUCUUUUUGUCCCCCUCUGCUCUUUCCAGCUCCCCAGCCUCUUUAGUGACUCCUAGAGGCUUUAAAGGGAUAGAGAUCUAGAUGGAAUAAAAGGUGAGAUCUAAUUUAUAAUGGAAGAACUGAAGAGAUUAUGAUAAGUGCCCUAAGCAGGGGGAAAACUAAAGGCUGGAGGCAGAAAUAAGCCCGGUAAAAAUUGGGUCUAGAAUGAAGACUACGCUAAGAACCUUCAAGAAAGGGGUACUUACUCAUCAAUGGUGAUGGGAGGAGAAAUACUUCUCAGGAUUGCUGUAGAAUUGAAGGGGGUUUGAGUAUUAAAAACAUUGCCUAGACAAGGGUUCUUUAAAAGAAACAAACAAUGCAGCUUUGGGUCUUUUCUCUCGUUUU